CGGGCCCGCCGGCAGGUGAGGGAGGCACCGGCUGAGGCGGCUGCCGGCCCGGCCUGACGGGAGAUGCCGCUAUGAGGCUGCUCUUGCUGGCGUGCCUCCGAGCGCAGACCGGCAACGCGACCACGGCGGAGAGAAUACAGAGUCAUCUACAUGCUGCAGGUCAUAUCUGUGUUCUUAAAGAUGCUUUCAGGUAUGAAAGUCCAACUGAAAUAGCGAAUCUAACCUCUGCAGAUAAGUUUGAUGCAGCCCUGGCCAUUCAUCUUUAUAAAGGAGGCAGACUUCUGCAAGGUAGCAGAAUUCCUUUUGGAAUCAUCUUUGGAGGGACAGAUAUAAAUGAAGAUAUCAAAUGUGAAGAGAAACGUCAUGUAAUGGGAGAAGUACUAGGGGAGGCCAGGUUCGCAGUGGCUUUCACGAUGAAAAUGAAGGAACUGGCUGCAGCGGAAUGGCCAGAUACUAGGAAGAAAAUAUAUGUCCAAACUCAAGGAAUCAAGACUACACCCAGUGGAACAUUUGACUGGUAUAGAUUUCUACAAAAUGCAGACAUUCCUACAGAUACAGACUAUUUACAUGUGUUUCUUUUGGUAUGUGGACUUCGGAGAGUCAAAGACCCUCUGUAUUUAGUAGACGUAUUUUCAGAUUGGCACAGAAAGGAUCCCAGCGUCCAUCUGGGCAUAAUUGGACCUGCAGUUGAUCCACUUUUUACAAAUGAAGUUAAAGAAAAAGUUAAGAGGGCACCUGGAAUACAUUUAUUACAGGAGAUGCCACAGGAUGAUCUUCAUGCUGCUAUGAAAAGGUGCUUUGCUGUGGUGAACAGCUCAAUUUCAGAGGGGAUGUCUGCUGCAAUCCUGGAGGCAAUGGAUUUAGAUAUUCCAGUGCUGGCAAGGAACAUUCCUGGGAAUGCAGCAAUAAUAAAACAUAAGGAUACAGGACUGCUAUUUUCAGAUCCCCAGGAGUUUGUUGUGCUGUCCAAGAGUUUGAUGAAUGACCCCAUUAUGGAAAGAGAAAUUGUAACAAGGGCCAAAGACUACGUGAAGAAACAUCACUCAUGGGAAUGUGAAAGAAAAGCCUAUCAGACUCUUGUCCUAAGACUCCAGUGAACCGCAGAACUUCAUACCUAGCAAUCUGUAUAGAGCGCCUUAAUAAUGAUGGAAACUUAAUUAGUUUUGGGUUUUUCUGGGUUUCUUUUUAGAAGAGAUAGUAAGACAUGCAUUAUUAUUCUAUUCACCAACAUCACAGGAGUUCCUGCUACUUCAAACUAUCAAAUUUAUCUAAUUCAACACAGUCUCUAGUAUACCAAUUCAUCACAGACCAGUAUCAUUUUGUAAGAUCACACAGGAGAAAUAUACUCCUCGAACAGACACAAAUUCUUUGUUGUAAGGCUCAAAGGGAGGAUGAUUUCUUGUAUACAGUGGAGCACUCAGCCACAAAGAGCUUAUGUCAAACAUGAUUGUUACAUCCUAACAAAAUGCAGUACCAGUUUUAUUUCCAAUUAUACAAAUCUGAAUGUAUUCUGGUACAUGUGACAUACAUACAAGUUCAUAAAACCACAUUUAGUUACAUAUAAAAAGUACAAAAUUAUUAAGAUGAAAGCUUUCUUAAGACUAGAAGACCAAUGUGUCUAUUGAGUGCAUAAAGAUUUGUGGGCCAAAACAGCAAACAGAGUGCUUAGAGAAUCAAGGAGUACAGUAAAUGUUUAACUGCCAUAAAGGUACCUGAAUUCCUUUCAGAUAAGCUGGUGUGGAUGAAAAGUCCCAUGCCUGCAUUUUUUCUUGCGUCCUGGGAGUAGGGCUUGUAGUUUAGCACAGGACUGACAAGCGUGCAUGGCUUCAGAUUCCAGAAUUGCACAGGCCUUUCCUUGGCAGCAAGAGGUGCUUGCAGGCAGAAAUGCUUUGUUACAUAAAAUACCUCUUAAUUUGCCAGUUACUUUGGUACCUCAGUGAUUUACCUAUUUAAUGAAAGACUUAUGCGAGCUGUAAAAUGGAAUGAAGGAAAAAAAAAACAAAGGUAUUUUCAAUUUACUAUGUAUUUUGGUACUGUUCAUUCUCAUUUGUGGUUCUCGGGAUAUAUUGUAACAUACUGCAGCAGGACGUUUUAAAGGGACACUUAUCUGUGCUUGAAGUCCAUAAUAAUCAUUUAUGGUAGUGCAAUAUUUAUGGACAUAUAUUUGAUUUAAUAACUGGUCAUCAAAGAAUUUGUAUUUAUAGAAAAAUGAGUGUCAUACUUUUAAUUCUUACUGGAAAACACUAUAUGCUUUAUAUAGGCUUGAUCCUGCCCCAAUGAGAACCAGUGAAUUUUCUGUUGAUUUAAGUGGCUAUUGAGUCAGGCUUUUCUUUGUAUAAUGAAAUUCAGUGUGUGUUUUAAGAUUUCCUCUGUCUUUUGGAUAUUUUGCAAUUGUUGAGACAGUAAACAAGGAAUUUGAAUUUGAA